UCCUUCCAAACGGAGGGAGGCAAGAGGAGAGCCGGGAGCGAAGAAACCGCACGAAAGGCAAGGAUUCCGACGAGGUCUGAGGGGGAGGAUGGGAACGCCAGCCGAGCCUUGAUGAGGACUCCCAUGCGGCUUCCCGAGCCCUUUCUUCCCUUCCGCCCUCAGCGCAGGAGGGCGCCAUGAACGGUUCCAGGCACCAAGAGAUGAUCGAACUGCAGAACCUGGGGCUGGAGGAGCAGCUGGACCUGACGCGCGGCCCGCGAGGCACGGCCGAACGCCCCGUCCGCUUAGAGCGCGCCAACGCCUUGAGGAUCUCUCCCGGAAAAGUGCCCGAGCUCUUGACCCGCGUUCGCCAGAUCCGCCUUCUGGGCGGCCAGACCGAUCCCAAAUUGACCGAGGAGCUCGGCGAGGGGCACCUCUUCAGAUCCUGCACUCAGAGUCAACCCACCUGGUGCGAUCUGUGCGGGGAGUUCAUCUGGGGCGUUUACAAAAAGCGCCUCCGUUGCAUCUAUUGUAAGUUCAUCUGUCACUACCGAUGCCGUGCUCUGAUUCGACUUGAUUGCAGGGGUCCCAGAUAUAAAAACGAGCAGGAUGAAGGCAAUGAGCAGACAAUAGAAAAAGACACUAAUGUGGAUGAACAGAUUGACUGGGAGAAACCCAUUCUGUCCCAAGCUGACAUUGAACAAAAGAUAAAAGAAUAUAAUAGCCAGAUAAACAGUAACCUCUUUAUGAGUUUGAAUAAAGAUGGGUCCUAUACUGGCUUCAUUAAGGUACAACUAAAGCUGAUCCGGCCUGUGUCAGUACCUGCCAAUAAGAAAGCACCCUCAAUCCAGGACACUAGGAAGAGUUCUAUACGUAGCCAGGCUGUAAAGCGCCGAACUUCAUUCUACUUACCAAAGGAUACAAUCAAGCAUCUGCAUAUAAUUUCUCGUACACGGGCCAGUGAAGUCAUUGAAGCCCUGCUCAAGAAAUUCAUGGUUGUUGACAAUCCCCGCAAAUUUGCCCUCUUUGAGAGAACAGAAAAAGAUGACCAAGUAUAUAUCCGUAAGCUUUCUGAUGAGGAGCAGCCCCUGCGUCUCCGACUACUUGCUGGUCCUAAUGAAAAAACACUCAGUUUUGUUCUGAAGGAAAAUGAGACUGGUGAAGUCAAUUGGGAUGCCUUUAGCAUGCCUGAAUUGCAGAACUUUCUGCGUAUCCUGCAGCGUGAAGAAGAGGAACAUACUCGGCAGAUUCUGCAGAAAUAUGCCCAUUGCCGCCAAAAAAUGCAAGAGGCUCUAGCUGCUCGCACCCCAGGUUGAUGAAAUGCUGUAUCCCACACCCAGCACUCCAGUAAGAGAAGAUGCCAAAAGCAGUGAAGCCUAGUGGACUGCAAACGAAGUGAUCCUUCGACUGGGAUGAAUGUAUCUCUGGAAGUGGUGGGGAAGGGACAGCAGGAAUGUAUGGAUCUCUUUGUGAGCCUUUGAUCAGUGCAUGUGUGUGCUCCCUUGGAGUGAGUGGAUAGUAAAUGUUGCAUGCAUGGCACAUUGGGGUCAGGUGAGAAAACAAAAAGGUGUUUGCAGAAUGUGUCUGCAGAAUGUGUCUGAAGAUGGGGAUUUUAGGGCAAUACUAUAGCACUGUUACUGAAAAAAGUGCCAAAAAGCUAGUGCCACUUUUACAGUAAAAGACUUGCUGAGCUAUGUUUCUCUGGGAUUGGAAUUGGGCAGGAUUUGUGGUUAACUUGAAAACAACUAGAGUAGCUUUGAAUCUAGAAGUAUUCCAGGAAGAGAGGUAUCCAUGGCACUUUUCUUUAAAAAAUAUAUAUUUGUUAUUUUUGUAUAAGGUAAUUAAGAUUCCUUUUAAGGGACUAGUGUAAUUCACUCAACCCUGUUUAAGCUCAUCUUUAGGUAAGAAUUUCAUGGUCAGUCUGAUUAAGUGAAAUCCACUGCCUCUUAUCUGAAGUCAUUGAGACUUGAUCAUACAGAGAAAUGGAGACUAAAGUUUGCCUUCUCUCAGGACUAUAGAAAAACAGUUGACAGGAACAUUGAUAUAUAUGUAUAAAAUAUUCUGCCAAUAUCUCUCCUUUAUUUUGUUCUCUUUAUGGAAAGAUUGGAUCUAGCUGCUUGAGAAAUCUCAGAACUCAGGCUUCUCUUCUGCUAUAAACAUAACUACUUACUUUUUUUUUAUAUGGGCACAUGCAUGACAGAGAUCUUGAUGUAUGGCUGUGGAACAUCUUAGUUUGGGGAAGAACAUAGCAGGAAAUGUCCUGGGUUGCUGCUCAAAACAUCUGUAGCAUGGGAGGCAUUCGUACUGCUACAUUAGGUCUCUUUAGGAUUUAAUAGUCGAGUAUAUUUGUCAGAGCAUUGAAAAAUACUUUUUUAAAAAAAAGUUAGGCCUCUGCCACUUCUGGGGAAUCCUGUUUAAAAUUGUUAACUAUCUUGAACAUUGAAUGGAUUAACUAGGAUUGUUCAUUGUUUGAACUGAAUGGAUAAAUCAUUUUGGGGGAUUGAUUAGGUUAUGAAUGAUACUGCUUAUAUACCAAUCAAUAAAUGAUUCAGGGAUGAGAAA